CGGGCCGCGCCCGCAGUGAGCACAGUCCCUCCGGCCGGCGACGCCAUGGAGCCCGGAGCGGCCGAGCUGUACGACCAGGCCCUGCUGGGCAUCCUGCAGCACGUGGGCAACGUCCAGGACUUCCUGCGAGUGCUCUUCGGCUUCCUUUACCGCAAGACCGACUUCUACCGCCUGCUGCGCCAUCCGUCCGACCGAAUGGGCUUCCCGCCCGGGGCGGCGCAGGCCCUGGUCCUGCAGGUGUUCACAGCCUUUGAGCACAUGGCGCGCCAGGAUGACGAGAAGAGGAGGAAGGAGCUGGAGGAGAAGGCCAGGAGGAAGGAGGUGGAGGAGGCCGCGGUGGCCGCAGCCGAGCAGGAGCCAGUGCCGGCCGCGGGGCAGGAGGUGGAGGUCGGCCCCAGCACAGACCCCGGGCCUCCAGGACCACCGGGACCCCGGGACGCUGAGCCGGCGGUGGCCCCCAGCUCGGUGGAGGCAGAGCCUGCGGGAGCGUGUGCAGGUGCCACGGAGGCUGCGAAAGGGCCACCAGCCCUUCCCAGGAGGCAGGAGCAGUUCCAGAGAAACCCCGACAGCUACAAUGGCGCCGUGCGUGAGAACUACACCUGGUCGCAGGACUACACUGACCUGGAGCUCAAGGUGCCGGUGCCCAAGCACGUGGUGAAGGGCAGGCAGGUCUCGGUGGCCCUGAGCAGCAGCUCCAUCCGGGUGGCCGUGCUGGAGGAAGCUGGGGAGCACGUCCUCAUGGAAGGGAAGUUCACCCACAAAGUCAAUACUGAGAGCUCCCUCUGGAGCCUGGAGCCUGGGAAGUGCGUUCUGCUGCUGGCAGCUCCAGUGGCACAGGUGGAGCUGUGA